AUGGAAAAUUUCCACUCCAGGAGUAGACUCUUGAUCGGUGAUUCUCAACCAGUGGGCUGUAACUCAGUGUGAGAUACAAAUAAGGACUGCCAUGGGUUGGGACAGCCCUAAACUAAGUCUAAAGAGUCAUCAACUGCAUAUGUGGACCUUUAUUACUUUACCUCAAGGUCAAUUUCACCCAGUUCUCUGGAGGAAAAAGAAGAAAAUUCUGAUCUUUUGUUUCGCAAAUCUUGUUAUAAUGUUCCACAUGAUAAUUAUAAUAAGCUGAGAUCCUGCUUGUUAUCACUGAACAUAUACAGUACCUUUAUUUCCUUAACUAGGAAGAUGUCCUGGAUUGCAAGCACAGAAGCAUAUUCAUCUGCAAAUCCAACUCCUGGUGAGAUUGCUUUUAAUGACAUCUUUCCAGUUCUCCUUCAGUGUUUUCUGACGGUGCUUUGUGGCUACCUAGCUGGAAGAUGUGGGUUGAUAUCAUCGACAGAAUCCAAAGGUCUUAACCUCUUUGUGUCAUAUUUUUCUCUUCCUGCUUUAAUUUUUAAUUCCUUGUCAUCUCUGAAGUUAGAAAAUGUUAACUGGAAGUUUAUUGGAGCAGUGUUUGUUUCUAAAGGAAUCAUCUUUCUUCUGGUUGCUGCAUUUACAAUACUUUUGACAAAACCAGCUAAUACUGGAAAGGCUGGUUUAUAUGGCAUUUUUUGUACACAAAGCAAUGACUUUGCAUUAGGCUUCCCUCUUGUUUUCUCUCUGUAUGCAAAAAACCAUCCAGACUAUGCCAGUUAUCUCUACCUGCUGGCUCCUAUUCAGUUUAUGGUUCUCAAUCCAGUGGGAUUUAUCUUAAUGGAGAUUCAGAAACAAAGAAGUCACAAUAUUAGCGUAGUAUCCCGAAAGACUAUCUUCUUUCAAGUUUGUAAAGGUGUAAUAUCUAAUCCUGUGGUUAUCAUGACUAUUUUAGGUGUACUUGGAAACUUUGCAUUCAACCAUCAGGUGCCAGAAGUUCUCCAGAAAUUUCUUCAUGUACUAGGAUCUGCAUUUUCUGCUACAGCAUUAUUUCUCUUAGGCUUGAACAUGGUAGGAAAGUUCCAGUUGCUGCAGGGAGCUGCAUUGUUACAACCAGCUGUGAUGAUCAUCAUGAAGAUUUUGGUUCUUCCCUUAAUCAUCAGAGAACUUGUAACAGUGUUUUCUUCUAAUGAUUCAUCAGUUGACAUAAAGGACCUUGCAAACUUUGGGUUUUUGUACGGUACUUUUCCCACAGCCCCAACUGUAUUUAUCUUUGCUGGUCAGUUUGGCUUAUCUACAGAAAUGGUGGCUUCUGGCAUGGUGGCGUGUACCUUGUUUUCUGCUCCUCUUGUGUUCGUGUCAGCUGUUUUAUCCCUUGUGUCUGUUUCCACUUCCAUGAAUUUCUACUCAGAACUGUUAAACACCAUGACAUAUGUGAGUGCCAUUAGUCUAGUUUGCUGUAUGUGGGUCAUUGCUGUAUUUUGUAUGAGUAAAAAAUGGAAAAACAUUACACAUGGGAUGACUUUAUGUCUUAUUAUAUCUCAGCUUCUCACAGCUGGUGGGGGUGUUCUUAGAAAAGUGAUAAAUCCACAUAAAACGUGGAUGUUCUACUUACAGUACUUUCUGGCUGCUGGAGGAACAUUUAGUGCCCGGGUCUGGACAGCUCUUCUUUCUCUUCUCUUGGCUUUGCUUCAAUUGAAGGGACUCUGUUUUGUACUUAAAAUACGCUAUCUGAUCAUUAUAAUUGGAUUUGGAAUCUCUCUGACAAUUUCUGGAUUUCUUGCAGUUGGCAUGAUGAAUUUCCCUUUUACUCAUAAUGUAACUGAUCCCAAUUUUCAUUUUGGGGAAAGUCAAGCUUCUGUUUCACUAGUAGUGUUGGCCAGUUGUUUAAUUGUUAUCUUGGCUAGUUUGACAGUUCAACGACGACAACAACUUCAGACUCUAGGAUAUCAGGCUCUCGUUCCUAAUGUUGAUGAUUCUGAAGCAGAACAAGGAGUACGCUCUCAAACAGUGAGAAAAGUAGAGUCUCCCUUCAGAAGUUCUUCUUUUAAUGAAGAAUCACAGCCCUCAUCUUCAAGAAGUGAUCGUGAUGCAUCAAUACAUCCACCAGACAUUGAAGAUUUGGGUCUCUCUGGUUCAGUGAAUGGUUCAUCUGUUGUGGCACGCCUUUGUGACACAGCUCAUGGGUGUAGCAGUAGUAGAAGAAAGGAGUGUGCUUCUCGUGUUCGACAGUAUGUAUCUGAAGAAAGAAGAAUCUUCCAAGAACAUGGGUUAGUGGAAAUAAGUGAUGCUGACACUGAUGAGAUUGUCCGACAUGUUGUGCUUAUUUUGUUGCUCACCCUGUCAAUGAUUGUUGGUCUUGCUUUAACAAUCUGGAUGGUUGUCAUGGAUGAUCUUACAGGAAUAUUUAUAGAGCUGGAGUUUCUUGAUGUCUUCUUGAAUUAUGGUCAAGGAUUCAUCUCGUUCAUCAUUUUUGGUCUGGAUUCUAAACUAGUUGUUAACCCUUGUCUUCGUAUCUGGCGUCGUAUUCGUUAUGGAACAGACAUACUAGUUCUUCCUGCUGAAGAAGAACUAUCGUUGGAUGUUCAUCAAACCUGUGAUCAGUUCCUGAGAUACCAUUAUGAUCAAUAUAAGAGGAAGCUGUAUGCAUCAGCUUCUCCACAACAAACAGAGGAAAAUGAUCAAGACUGUGUGUUCGCUGGAGAUGAACUUGUUGACUGGCUACUAGCAGUAGGCUUAGCUCAUGACAGAAAAGAAGGAGAGCACUAUGGCCGUAACCUUCUCUUGGGUAGAGUAAUUCAACAUGCUACUCAUACUCAUCACUUUCAUGAUGGUGCUUAUAUGUAUUAUCUGUCAGAAAAAAAUGACUAAAUUACUUUUGUAAUAAUGCUAUAUGAAUAUUCAAAACAUGUUUUGUUUUUAUUAAAUACUGAAAUCUAUAAAAAAAGCUUGAUUAGAAUGUGUACCUUCUCAGUUGUGAUCUUGAAGUUUAAUAACGUAAACUAUAAGUGCAUUUGUAUACUUAUUUUAAGAAUUUUGUUUUUUGUUUUUAUUAAUUAUAGUAUACUUUAAUAAUCUUACAUUGCUGGCCAGUUUGUAAUUCAUUUUGAAUUCAUUACUCAACUCUAAUAUUUUCUGAAAAAAAUAAAAAUAGUGUAUUCAGUUAGGUUUUAUUAUUUUAUAUGCAUUUUUUUAAGAAUCUUACGUUUUCAAUUUGAUUCCUAGUUUGAAACUUGUAGAAUAUAGAAAAGCUGUACUAUUUUUGUUUACCUUUUAACUUCAUUAAACAGAGUCUCUUGUUGCUGAUGGUUGGUUUAGAAAAUUUGUUUGUUGAUUUUAUUAUUAUUGUGUGCAGUAUACAUAAUGUAAAAUUAAAAGUUUAUUUCUAGGUGUGUGUUUUAUAUUGUUAAUACAAUUUCAUUUAUAUUUGUACUAAUGAAAGUAAUAAUUAGACAUAAUUUAAACUUGUAGGCAGGAGGCACAGUACACAUUUACUGGAUAAUAGAUGCAGUAUGACUUUACUAUACACUAGGCACAGUACACAUUUAGUGGAUAAUAGAUGCAGUAUUACUACUAUACACUAGGCACAGUACAUAUUUACUGGAUAAUAGAUGCAGUAUGACUUUACUAUACACUAGGCACAGUGCACAUUUACUGGAUAAUAGAUGCAGUAUGACUUUACUAUACACUAGGCACAGUACACAUUUAGUGGAUAAUAGAUGCAGUAUGACUUUACUAUACACUAGGCACAGUAUACACUUACUGGAUAAUAGAUGCAGUAUAACUUUACACUAGGCACAGUACACAUUUACUGGAUAAUAGAUGCAGUAUUACUGCUAUACACUAGGCACAGUACACAUUUACUGGAUAAUAGAUGCAGUAUGACUACUGUACACUAGGCACAGUACACAUUUACUGGAUAAUAGAUGCAGUAUUACUACUAUACACUAGGCACAGUACACAUUUACUGGAUAAUAGAUGCAGUAUGACUACUAUACACUAGGCACAGUACACAUUUACUGGAUAAUAGGUGCAGUAUUACUACUAUACACUAGGAACAGUACACAUUUACUGAAUAAUAGAUGCAGUAUUACUACUAUACAGUAUACAUUCACUAGCUACAAGGUACAGUAUACAUUCACUAGCUACUAGGUACAGUAUACAUUCAUUAGCUACAAGGUACAUGUGAAUCAGGUAUUCUUAUGCCUGUCCUGAGAUUUUUGAGAAACUACAAACUGUCAAGUGAAAUUUUUAUCCUCCUUUUCAAGUACAGACUUAUCUAUCAAUUAUUCAACCCAUUUGGUUUCCAUGGUUUUAUAAAUGUGCGACCAAGACAUAUUUAUUAUUUUGUGUUUACGGUUCUUUAAGAUUCUUAUUUUAUAGAAAAGUGUCAGAAACAUUAUGGUUUGACUUUUACUACAAUGGCUGCAUUUCUGUUUUUUUAUAUUUUUGUUUUUACUUUAUGGCACAGUUGCGUAAUUUUGGAUAACCACUGAAGAAUAACCUUUGAAUCAUAAAAAGUCUGUUCUCUGUGUACUUUCGCUGUACAUCCAAUUAAUGGUAAUCUUUAGAAAAUGCCUGUUUUUUGAUAUUAUAUGUAUUUAGAAAUUAUUAUUUUAGAUCUGCUUGUAUAAAGUCAGCAGUGGAAGAUUAAUGUUUCAGCAAACAAAACAACUGGAUGAAAUGUUGCUCAGGAUUUGUUUAUAAAUUUGUAAUUUUGUUGGAGAUAUUUAAUGCACACAAGUUAGAAUUUAGGAUCCACUAAUAUAUGAGAUUGAGAGUAAAAUUUAAAUGUUUGACAGUCAAUUUGAAAUGUGAUAAAAAUAUGUAUCCUAUAUUUUGUAAUGGUGAUUUAUUUAUCAGAGUGGAUGCACUAAUUUUUUUCAAUAUAAAGGUCUUGUAUGUUAAGUGAUUUUAUACUUUUAAUAAUUAUGAUUUCUUAAGGUUGUAUAAAUUUAAAGUUAAGAAUUGGUAUAAUAAUAAUGGUGAUAUUUCAGGGUAACUUUCUCUGAAUAUUAAAAGGUUUACAGUAGUGUAAAGAAGCAAGCUUCUAAUUAAACAUGCUUGUAGUUUAUGGAGUGGUAAAUAGCUACUUCUGACUAUUCUGUAAAACAAAAGUUCUUUUAAUUAAAACUAUUUUUUGCUUUAAA